AUGAAGCUCGUCAGGUUCCUCAUGAAAUGCGCGAACGAGACCGUCACGAUUGAGCUCAAGAAUGGUACCAUAAUCCACGGCACCAUCGCCUCCGUCUCCCCUCAGAUGAACACCGCCCUGCGCACCGUCAAGAUGACUCCCAAAGGCCGCGACCCCGUCUCCCUCGACACGAUCAACAUCCGCGGCUCGACGAUUAGAUACUUCAUUCUGCCCGACAGCCUGCCGCUCGAUACCCUGUUGAUUGACGAUGCGCCGAAGCCGAAGAACAAGGCGAGGAAGGAGGCUGCGGAUCGGGGAGCACGAGGUGGUAGGGGCGGGCCGCGGGGAAGGGGCAGAGGGAUGGGAAGAGGACGGGGGAGGGGCGGUGGUGGGAGGGGUUUUUGA